CAUGGCUGCUUCUGGCAACGUCAUGACAACAGAGAAGAGUUUAGUGGCUGAGGCUGAAAAUCCACAGCAGCAACAACAGAAGGAAGAGGGUGAGGGAGCCACAAACUCGGGUCAACAGGAAACUCAGCUGGAAGAGGCUCCUCAAGCAGCAGCCGAGGGAGAUAAUCAGUGUGAGCAGAAGCUGAAAACAUCCAAUGGAGACACUCCAACACAUGAAGAUUUGACCAAGAACAAGGAGCGGACAUCAGAAAACAGGGGCCUGUCACGGCUGUUCUCCUCAUUUCUCAAAAGGCCUAAAUCUCAGGUCUCUGAGGAGGAAGGCAAAGAAGUAGAGUCAGCGAAAGAGAAAGGUGAAGGUCAUAAAGAGAUAGAAUUUGGAGCCAGUCUUGACGAAGAGAUCAUUUUAAAGGCCCCGAUUGCAGCUCCUGAGCCUGAGCUCAAAACAGACCCAUCCUUGGAUCUUCAUUCAUUAAGCAGUGCAGAAACACAGCCUGCUCAGGAAGAACACAGAGAAGAUCCCGAUUUUCAGACUGAGGAAGGAGGAGGACUUGAAGACUGCUCUAAAACAGAAGUAAAAGAAGAAAGUCCUGAGUCAGUAGCAGAAAGAGAAUUAAAAGCUUCCCAGAAAUCGAUCAGAAGACACAGAAAUAUGCAUUGCAAGGUUUCUUUGUUGGAUGACACAGUUUAUGAAUGUGUUGUGGAGAAACAUGCUAAGGGACAAGAUUUACUUAAACGAGUAUGUGAGCACCUCAAUCUUUUGGAAGAAGACUACUUUAGUCUAGCCAUUUGGGAUAAUGCAACCUCUAAGACAUGGCUGGAUUCUGCCAAAGAAAUAAAAAAGCAGGUUCGUGGUGUCCCUUGGAAUUUCACAUUUAAUGUAAAGUUUUAUCCACCUGACCCAGCACAGUUAACAGAAGAUAUAACAAGGUAUUAUUUAUGUCUUCAACUUCGGCAGGACAUAGUUGCAGGACGACUGCCCUGUUCAUUUGCAACCUUAGCAUUAUUAGGUUCUUAUACCAUCCAGUCUGAGCUGGGAGACUAUGACCCAGAACUCCAUGGUGCAGAUUAUGUUAGUGAUUUUAAACUGGCCCCAAAUCAGACCAAGGAACUUGAAGAGAAGGUCAUGGAACUGCAUAAGUCAUACAGGUCCAUGACUCCAGCUCAGGCUGACCUGGAAUUUCUUGAGAAUGCCAAAAAGUUGUCUAUGUAUGGUGUUGACCUUCAUAAAGCAAAGGACUUGGAGGGAGUGGAUAUCAUCCUAGGUGUCUGCUCUAGUGGCCUUCUGGUUUACAAAGAUAAGCUGAGAAUUAACCGCUUUCCUUGGCCCAAAGUGCUGAAGAUUUCUUACAAACGUAGCAGCUUUUUCAUUAAGAUUCGCCCUGGAGAGCAAGAACAGUAUGAAAGUACCAUCGGAUUCAAACUUCCCAGUUACCGAGCAGCUAAGAAAUUAUGGAAAGUCUGUGUAGAGCAUCACACGUUUUUCAGACUGACAUCUACAGACACCAUUCCUAAAAGCAAAUUUCUUGCCCUGGGAUCCAAAUUUCGAUACAGUGGCCGAACUCAGGCUCAGACCAGGCAAGCUAGUGCUCUGAUUGACAGGCCUGCCCCACACUUUGAGCGUACAGCAAGCAAACGGGCAUCCCGAAGCCUUGAUGGAGCAGCAGCCGUUGAUUCAGCAGACCGAAGUCCUCGGCCCACCUCUGCACCGGCCAUUGCUCAGAGUCAGGCCGCAGAAGGCAGCGUCCCAGGUGCACCUGUUAAAAAAGCAGUGGUUUCUAAAACACCGAAGGAAACAGUGCAGGUUGAAGUGAAAAAGGAAGAAGUCCCACCUGAGCAACCUGAGCCAGAGCUCACAGAAGUGUGGAAGGUGGAAAAAACCCACAUCGAGGUCACAGUACCCACCUCAAAUGGUGACCAAAUACAGAAGCUUGCAGAAAAAAAUGAAGAUCUGAUAAGAAUGAGGAAGAAAAAGAGAGAGAGACUAGAUGGUGAAAACAUUUAUAUCAGACAUAGCAAUUUAAUGUUGGAGGAUUUAGACAAAAGUCAAGAAGAGAUCAAAAAACAUCAUGCCAGCAUCAGUGAGCUGAAAAAGAACUUCAUGGAAUCUGUACCAGAACCACAGCCUAGUGAAUGGGAUAAACGCUUAUCCACUCACUCUCCCUUUCGAACACUUAACAUCAAUGGGCAGAUCCCUACAGGAGAAGGAAAUAUAAAUGGCAUUCGCACAGAGGAGGUGGCAGCCAUGACCAAGGGGCCAUCUACCAACCCUGACUCUGAAUGGGAGGGCCCCAAGCAUUCAAUAAUUCCUAGUAAGAGCCAAAUGACUACCCCGUUGGAGUCUCCACAAAACUUUGACUUUGGCUCCCUCUCUAUAAGCAGCAAGGAGACGGAAGAGAAGGAGCAGGGGGCAACUGGCUAUCUUGAUAUUAAGGAAAUGUCGAGAGGUCCAAGUGGGGAAUGUGUAGGAGUGGAGGAACAGGCCAGUGCCUUAAAGUCCUCAAUAUCACCAGCUUCCUCUCAGCUGCAACUUGCUGAAAAAAAAGCAGAGAGUAGUGAAGAACAUGUUAUACCAGGAGAGCCUGUUGGAGAGCAAAAUGGAUCAUUUCUUGACUCUCGUGUGGGUAACCAGUUCCCCACCCUCAUUCGAAGUUUCCAGCCUCCCCUGGUGAAGACUCAGACCGUCACCAUCUCAGACACUGCCAAUGCUGUGAAAAGUGAAAUUCCAACCAAAGACGUCCCUAUAGUCCACACUGAGACCAAGACCAUCACUUAUGAGGCUGCCCAGACUGACGACAGCAACGGGGACUUGGACCCAGGAGUCUUGCUGACAGCUCAGACCAUCACAUCUGAGACCACCAGCAGCACCACCACAACUCAAAUUACCAAGACUGUAAAAGGUGGGAUUUCAGAGACCCGGAUUGAAAAGCGAAUUGUGAUCACAGGAGAUGCCGAUAUUGACCAUGAUCAGGUCCUCGUACAGGCCAUCAAGGAGGCAAAGGAGCAGCACCCAGACAUGUCAGUGACCAAGGUGGUCGUCCAUCAGGAAACCGAGAUCUCUGAGGAGUGAGCUCAGGAACUGUCCUACCCUCCCCCCUCCCCCGACUCCCUGCCCAUCUCCCGUCCCAGAGAAAACCAGCAGAAUGAUAAAGAAGGUAACCUGCAAUAGUCAGACUUCAGACUUUUAAAAUGAUUGAUUCUAAACCACCAGAAAAGCAAUUUCAUUUUCUAUUUGGAGUUUAUACCAAGAAAGUCUUCUAGAUAUCACUGAUCCUUUUGAAUACAUUUUUCUAUAUUGUGAUACCAGAAAUUGUUCAACUUUUCACUCUUUGGACUGUUUUUAAAGAGCCUUUUGUUUUUUUAUGGGGUGGUUUGUAACCCCUUCAGCCCAGCCUCUCCCCAUUUACACGGGCAGGGUCCCCAGCAUUCUUCGGGAAAUCCUCCAAUGACUCUGUCAGCUGUGCUGGGGGACAAAGCCAGCUUAAUGGGGCUUCCCUGCUCCUCCCCUAGUUUAUACCCUUUAGAUGGCAGCAGAAACUUCAUAAACCAGCCCUUUCUCAGAGCCAGUGAUGUAACUUUAUCAGAAUGUCAGGCAGGGCGGCUGCCCUGAUCCAGAGACCCCAGGAAGAUGUCCCUGUCCCUUUGCUGAGGGUGGUGUGGGGAGGCAGAGGCCUCUGGAAGAAUGUAGUAUUGUUUUCCUUCCUCUCUCCUGUUCUUUCUUUUUGGAGCUUCUUUAGAUCAAAGACAUAAGAAGUUGCUUCAGAUAUAUCUGAUACUGUGAAUGUUUGAACAUAUCCGUGGCCUUCACCUUCCUGCUCUCCCUCCCCUUUUACCUCAUCAGAAGCAGUGGCUCUGCUAAGUGCUCCCCCCACCUCCCAUCUCAGGAGAGACCAAAACUCACAGAAAAAUAGGCACUUUGGGCCAAAAGCACUGACCGCACAUUUUUAGUGGUGAUUUGGACAAAGAAAGUUGACGAGAUUUUUUUAAAGGUUUUCUAGUUCUGGGAAUGUGUACUUCACACAGGGGAGUGGUGGAGUUUACCUCAGUUGGAUCCUGCUAAGAAGUAUUUCCAGGAGAACAUCCCUGAGCCUCUCUCUUUAAUCCUGGGGUGAGAGAGGAUGUGACUGAGAGAGGAGGCGAUCGUGGUCCAGACCGGCCCCUGCCUGCAGAGACCCUUCUGGAGCGUGGGAAUUGGCUUUUAGGGGCCACGCUCCCCACAAAACCCCACUUGACAAGGGGUACAAACACCAGCUCCACUCAUCCCCACUUGCCAUCUGAGGUCUGUCAGGUUUUGUGGCUUGAUGUUUGUGGUGGGUUUGGGUUUAAUUUUUUGUUUUUGAUUUUGAAAAUGAGGACUGAUGUCCCCAAUCCCACUAUUCCUGGUAAAGAUUAGGGGACAUUUUUAUUCAGUAGGGCCUCUCUGAUCUUCCAGCUUGCUUCCCACAAACAGAUCUACCUACAAGUUCUUAGAAUCCUGAUUCUAGGACAGAAAGUGAGCUUCCUGAGGUGGACAGUGGGUCCCAGUCAGCAGUGGCUGGGGGCUCCAGGGCGGCGAGCAGGAGAGAAGUCUACAGCCUCUGCUCCCAGCCCGCAGCACGUCUCCGGAGUCUCUGCUGGCUGACCUUUGUUUAGACAAACUCAGUUGGUUUGAACUGUUUUCACGAGUGUGCGUUUUUCUCUUAGUACUUACUUGAGACUGUUACUAACCAACAGGUAGCUCUCUCUGGGCAGGGACAGGAAGAGCUCAGGUGGGAUAUGUGACAGCCUUCGGGGGGAAGGAGAGUGCCCUGUCUCAGGGACAGACAGCCUGGGGCAUAUGGUCUGGAGCGAUGGGGCUUUUCCAGGCCGUGCCCAAGCCCGAGCUUUGUUGCCCAGAGCGGUGGUGAGGUUGGAAAUCCAGCUCACACCAUAUAGGCAUGCGAUGUGAGCUCACUUGCCAAUGGCCAGCUGUCCUGCUGGAAGAGCUGCCGGAGCUUGCAGAGCUGCAACCUGUGGAAUGAAGAUGGGGAAAGGAAGAGGGCACAGCAUGCACGUCAGGAACCUGGCACACUGAGUAUUCUGUGCCAUCCAGGUCAGUGUGGCCACUUUCACUGCCUAGGACCACAAAUCAGGGGCCUGAACUUCCCCUCAAUCUGUCACCAACUCACUUCACCCUGCUUCCUUGUCUAUAAGUCGGACCAGAAGAUCUCCAGUGCCCUUCUGGCGCUGAGAAGCCAUGAUUCGGACAAGCCAACACGAGGGGUGUCCUUCCAAGCCUCUUUCCUUUUCCUCCCUCUCUGGUUACAGAACUUGGGGUUUGGCAAUUGUUUGGAUCUUUUUUUUUCUU